AUGGACCCUAGUCAGAUGGACCCGGCCGCCAUGGCUGCCAUGUUCUCCGGCAUGCAGAACCCUGCCGCCGCCGCUGCCGCCGCGGGCCAGGGCGGCCAAGGCCAGAACUACCAGGGCUUUGGCGGCAACCAGAACCAAGGCUACGGAGGUUUCGAUCAGGGUAUGGGCGGAGGUGGCGGCGGUGGCGGCGGUGGAAGGGGAGGCUUCGGAGGCAGGGGUCGCGGACGCCGCUGGUAA